GAGCUGAGAGGCGGAUUCCUUCGCUGCCGCGGUUGGUUUCUGAGGGGAGAUGAGGCGGCUGGCCGGAGCCGUCCUCAGGCUCUGAGUCGCCGGGACCGCCGGGCAGGGCGCGGCCAAGGAAAGGCUCGGGACAGACUCAUGAGUACCGCCUUCCCCGCGGCCGGGCGUCCCCGCCACCACCACCGCCGCCCUUCUCCUUCCCAGCGCCGGUAGCCGAGCCGGCGGGCGGGCAGGCAGCAUGUCGUCGCCGACGUGGCUGAGCUGCCGGUUGGCGCUGCGCUUGGGCUCGGCCGGUUCCUCCGAGCGGGCGUCCCGCCUCGGCGGGUGCCGCUGCCUCCUGCUCCUCCGACGGCGCCUCAGCGCCCUCCAUCGCGCCCCCCGGCCCGGAGACGGACUGUGGCCGCCGGCCGCGGCCUCCUGCUUGGGCUCCCCGCGGCCGCUGGGCACACACCCCAAGAAGGAGCCGGUGGAGGCGCUCAACACGGCGCAGGGGGCCCGCGACUUCAUCUACAGCCUGCACUCCACGGAGCGCAGCUGCCUGCUGAGGGAGUUGCACCGCUUCGAGUCCAUCGCCAUCGCCCAAGACUUAGCUGGAUUGGGUCUUGCAGGCUAUGUUGAAGCUAUGGCCUCCAGAUUGGGCCUUUCAAUUCCCGAUCUCACCCCCAAACAAGCUGAUAUGUGGCAAACACGUCUUAGUGCACACUUGGUGAGUAUGUGUAUUUAUGGAUGAGAGCUCAGGGGAAACCAAGACGGAGAAAAAUAGCAACUUCAAUAUUGCCUGAACACUGGAAUUUGGAUACCAACUAAGUAUGCUGUUAGAUUGGGUAAUGGAAAGGCACACACAGGCUAACGGUAACAACAGCUCUUUAUUAA